ACAACAAAGGAGAACAUUUCGAGUUGGAGAGAAGUAUUCAACGUUUAAAAAAAACCCAAAAAUUAUUUCUUUUUGGUUUAUUUGGUGUUAAAGGUCGCCCAAAGUGUUGAAUAUUAUUUUGGUAGGGAGUUAUGAAUUCAGGAUUUGAUGUCGUUGUCGUUGGAUCGUGUUUCAUGGACAUGUUAUGGUACGUUCCUAGAGUUCCUGUUCAAGGAGAGACCAUGCACGCUACAAAGUUCCAGGUUGAUUUUGGCGGGAAGGCUUCAAAUCAAUGUGUAAUGGCUGCGAAACUAGGUGCUAGAGUAGCAAUGGUUGCCAUGGUAGGGAAUGAUAGGUUUGGUCAUGAUACGAUAGAAAAUUUCAAGAAAUAUGGUAUUAAUACUGAUUUUAUCAAAGUCAAUGAUCAACUCUCUACUGGAGUAACAAGCAUAGCCGUUGAUGACGAUGGACAGCCAACAUUUAUUGGCUUAGCAGGGGCAAACAAAGCUAUAACAAUAGACGAUAUCAAACAAGCAUCAAAUAUGAUUCGUUCUGCACCAGUACUAGUUUGUGACAAAGGGAUACCCUUACAAAUAGCUCUGGAAACACUCAAACUAGGCAAAGAACUUGGUGCAAUGACUAUCUUUAAUCCUUCACCAACAAUUGAAAAGUUAUCUUUAGAGGAUUAUGGUUACAUGGAUUUGUUAGUUAUCAAUGCAUCAGAGGGAGAAGGACUGACUGGUAUCAUUGUUGAUAGUGUGGAAACAGCUAAAGAAGCUGUUAAAGAACUCCAUAAAAAAGGAACUCGUAAAGUUGUGUUAACUCUGGGAGAAGAUGGAGCUGUUUUCUUGGAUGAUAAUGGAGACCAAGAAGAAAUAGUUUCUCAUACAAAGGCAAAUAAAGUGAAUGCAAUAGAUACAACUGGUGCAGGUGACAGUUUGUUGGGAGCAUUGGCCUAUUUCUUGGCAUGCUAUCCUAACCUUCCUUUUAAAGAAAUAGUGCAAAGAUCCAUUAGUGUUGCAUCAUUUACAGUGACUUCGUGUGGUGUACAAUCUAGUUAUCCUACAAGAGAUGAACUACCACCUUCAUUAUUCACAAACUAAAUUAGUAAUGAUUUGUAAAUGCAUGCAAGUAAUUAUAUCAAGCUAUAGUUAAUAUAUAUGUUAAUCAAAUGAGUUGAUAGCAAUGUACUGUGCAAGUUAAAAAAGCUUGUAAUAUCUUGUGCAGUUAUAUUGUCUGUCUAGUUACUGUAACAGAUUUUAAUCAUUAUUUUAAAAUAAUGAUUAAUGAGUGCAAAUAAAGUGAAUAUAAUAGUGAUGAUUUGCAAGUUUAAAAAAAAACUUUUGUCUGUAUCACAACGCCCUCAUUAAGUAUUGGAUAUGUGAUCAAAGGCGCUUUACAAUGAGUUAUGAAUGAGAGGUGGUUAGUAUGAGGUGUAGGCACUGAGGGUGGCCAUUAUAUGUUUUCAGUGGUUCUCCUAUAUUGGUUAGUAAUGAUGAGUGUGGAGAGGUGGGACAACCUUUUAAAGUGGUCAUCCGAGCCAUUUCAAAGUCUAACCAUUUGUAGAUGUAAUUACAAAGGCAGCACCUUCUCCUCAGUUAUUUUAAGACCCUGAGUGUUGGUCUGCCCAGAGCUUGAAYCCACGACCUCUCGCACAACAGUCAGGUCGCAGUUUACUAUUAACCUUAUCUAUAGUCUCCUACAAAACCGCUAUUAGUGUUGUCACGCAACGCUCACUCCCCUAGUGUCGUCAUGCAACGUUCACUCUACUAAGCUAUUAGGGGAGUCAUUAGGGGAGUGAGCAUUACGUGACAACACUAAUAGUGGCUGCAACAACCUAAUCUACAGUUUACAAUAAAUAAUAUAUUGAGUGCAAGUCGAAAACUAUGAUAUUUACGUGCCUAUAG